UGAAAGUGAUAGUUUGAUACUGAGAGACUGAGAGACCAUGAAAUGGAGGCUACAGCUUUGAUACCUGAGAUUGAUCUCUGUUGUUCUGUAUGUUUUGAUAUUUUUAAAGAGCCUGUUGUUCUAAAAUGUAGCCACAGCUUCUGUAGAGUGUGUCUGGAGAAAUGCUGGGAAGAGAAGAGCUCUCGAGAGUGUCCCAUCUGCAGGAGAGAGGCCUCUAUGGAGGAACCUCCUAUAAACCUGGCCUUAAGGAGCAUAGUGGAAUCCUACUUAAAGCAGAAGACUGACAGAGAAACUGCACACAAGAGUGAGGCUCGCUGUAGUCUUCAUGGGGAGAAACUUCUAUUAUUCUGCAAACUCGACAAAGAAACUCUCUGUCUCGUCUGCCACACUUCAAAAAAACACACAAACCACCCAGUCUGUCCAGUGGAAGAGGCUGUACUGGAUCUUAAGGAGGAACUCAAGCCUGCACUUAAUCUCAUUAAAGAAAAACUGAAGAUCUUUACGAAGAAUGAACGAGAGUGUAAGAAAAGCGCAGAACACGUUAGGAGUCAAAUGCAGCACACAGAGAGACAGAUAAAGGCAGAUUUUGAAAAGCUGCACCAGUUCCUACGAGAGGAAGAGGAGGCCAGACUAGCUGUACUGAAGGAGGAAGGGGAGGUGAAGAGUCGGAUCAUGGAGGAGAAAUUGGCAGACAUCACAAGACACAUCUCCACACUUACAGACAAAAUCACUGCUACAGAGAAGGCCAUGGACACUGAAGACACCUCCUUUCUAAAGGUAGGACCUUGAUUUACUGACAGUGUUCUGGGUUUAUCAUGUUCCAGUCAUAUUGCGAUGCUCACUGUGAUACAGAGUAUCACUGGCCAUUUUCAAUAGCUGGUCAGUAAAGCAAGGCCUCACCAGUAAAAUAGGAAAUAUGACAAACUGCUAAUAAGAAACAUUUGUACAUGCAUACAUGCAUCACAAUUAUGCUGUUAUGUGUUUUUCAGAGCUACACGAACAUCAAAGACAGGUAUGGAGACUCUCGCCUCAUUUCCUUGUCCAAGUCACUUCUUUCCCUCAGCUUGACUGACUCCUGCCUGUCGUUACAGAGCCCAGUGCACACUGCAGGACCCAGAGCUGCUCUCAGG